ACCGCCCACGUUCCUCCCAACACCUCCCCCACACAUAUAUUCACUCACCAACGAAUCCCUCUCAUCACACUCUCUUAUUAUAUCACACCUCUCUCAAUUCUCAACCCCAUUAUUCCACAUCCAAAUUAUUAAUCAAUCAUUAAAUAAAUAUUUAAUGUUCCCACAAACACACCAGAGUUUUAACAUCAGCCGAGCCGGCCUUCACCCAAUGUUGCAACAUCACCACCACCACCACUCAAUGGAACAACAACAACAGCAACAACAACGUUCGAGGUGGAAACCAAGCGUCGAGGUGGCACCCAAUUGCCCUCGCUGCGCUUCCACUAACACCAAAUUCUGCUACUACAACAACUACAGCUUGUCGCAGCCCAGGUACUUCUGCAAAGGCUGCAGACGCUACUGGACCAAAGGCGGCUCUCUCCGCAACGUCCCCGUCGGCGGUGGCUGCCGCAAAAACCGCCGCUCACGCCACCACCAAAGCCACCGCCUUUCCGCCAAUGACUCUGCCUCCGACGACAGAGAGUCGUCAUCAUUAGGCGAUGCCCAUGAAAAUAGCAACAACAAUCACGGGUCACGUGACAUAGACAUGGCCCUUGUGUUUGCCAAAUUCUUGAACCCAAAACCAACCCAGGAUAACAACAACAAUGCCUCAUCCUCCACUUCCAACAAUUACCUAACACCGGAAAGUGUAGAAACCGAGAACGAUGCAGUGGUGGAUCAGAAUAAGCCCAUUUUAUCAGAUCCUGCUAUCUCUGAGAAUUUUGGAGGAGAGGAAUUGAGUUGCUUGAGUGGGAUUGAUGAGUUGGAGAUGGAGAGGUUUUUGGGUGUGUGUGGUGAUGAAGAUGGUCUUUGGUCUGAUGCUACAAUCUCCUCUUGGCAGUCACAUGCAAAGGAAAUUCAAUUCCAGGAGUUGGAGUUGGAAUAUUCCAUGGAUGAUGCUCAAUUAUUACCCUUCGCAUCUACAAUGAGUGACACUUGGAGUUCCUUUGAUCUUUCAACCAUGCAACUCUUCUCAUCAACUCCUUGAUCAAUUAAUCGGAUAUAUCUAGUUCCAUCUUCUUUCUAUUAUUUGAAACAAGAGAAGAUAGAGAGGGAGACUUAAUUAAUUGCUACUACCUCAAUUAUAUAUGUGUUGCUAAUUAAAUUAAAUAGGAUCUAUAGAAUUAAAUUAAUGUUAUAUGGAAAUUGUUUAUGUUUAGAGGAUGUAGAAUAAAGUUGUAUUUCGGCUGCCAUGGAAAUGCAGUCGAACAAGUAUACUCUCGGAUCUGGAAUUGUGUUCAGUUCACACAGCCAAUCUGUACCUUUUGGAAUAUAUAUAUAAAUAAAUACUAUAAAUUUUAAUAUUUUGUA